UCUGUUUAUAAUUUGUAUUGACUGUAGUUUAUAAAAUUAUUGAAAAGAAACAAAACAAAUCCAAUUUCGCAUAAUGUAUUGCAUGAUUUUUUUAAAGAAUGUUUAAUAUUGGGGAUAAACUGUCUUCCCUAUUGUUUUUAUUCAAGAUAAAAUCCACAUACAUAAUUGAGAAAAGUUAGCUGUUAAACGAUGUACCGAAGUUAACAUAAAGAAGUUUUCAAAAAAUUUAAAUUAGAGCUAACAAACAAUCAACCAAAGGAACAGCCAAACAAAGUUAAACAUAUGUUGCAAGUAACAUAUGUUCCACAAUGAACGGAAUGACUACGUAUUUUGAUCAAUAUCCAAUUCCACAAAUAUAUAAUUUUCCAUUAAUGCUUACUAAGUGGAGUCCCAUAGUUCAAAAUGCCUACACAGCACCUGUAUUACCAGUUACUAUCAUAUCCCCCCAGGUAUUAGCACCUAUAUGCCCAUAUAUGGGUGUUGUUGUCACAGAGUCUGUAGUUCCAGUGAUUCCCAGCGUAGUCGAUGUGAGUUCCGUAAUUUGUAAUAAUGUAUACAGUCAUGUAUAUGACACGGAACUAAAUUGUACAGACAAAUCUGUUUCAACAGAAGUUUUAACCAAUGAUGUUAUAAAUAUAGAUGAAAAUGUACCACGGCAUGUAGAAGAAAAAAUUGAUGAAAUAGUGGAUGGUGAAUUAGUGAAUCCCAUUGAGCUAUACCUAAAAUUACCUAAAGAGCUAUUUCCAACAGCAUGGAUGUUAUCAAUAGACCCCAAUGUGAUAAUAGAAGAGUUUUUUAAAUUAGCAAGCAUCAGUGAAAACGUUUCAUGGAUAUUAGAUUUGGAGUUCGGUGUACCUAGAGUACCGAUCACAAGAGCAAUUGCCACUUACAAUGUCAAAUUUAAUAGUAUACAUUGCAAGAAUACACCUGGCGCUAUCCAUCCUGGUUUUGAGAAGUGUAACAGUGAUUUUAAACGCGUUAUUCUCUUCUAUUACGACUGUAUUAUAUCAAACUGGUACAAUGGGUAUAUAACUUUGUGCGACGAUAAAUCAGUCGAAAAUUUUCAGUCGUGGCUACAAAUACCGAUGCAGCUUUUCGGAAUGUGUUGGCCUUAGCAUGUGGCUUGAUUUAUAACUGUACUUAAGCAUGUAAAUUGUGCUAGCUAAUUUAUGUUUGUAAGAUUUUGUAUAUAGAACCUGUACAUUAUUUUAUCUUUUUAUUUUUCUUAAUAAAUGGCAAAAGUAACAAGA